UUUUUUAAUUUAAUAUCUCCAUUCAUUCAUUAUUUUAUUUCUUUCCUCUUUUUUCAAAGAUGAAAAUGAAUUUUGCCCAAGAGGGAAUGGAUAAAAUGAUCAUUAUACAGUUUGAUAUAGCCACUCCAAUAGGUCAAAUCAGAAAUUCGAUAGAUUCUAUCCAAACUAAGGAAAGCAUAUCCAAUUACGACAUUCUUUUGCAGGAUAUAGAAAAGCUUGACCCCAAUUUAAGCUUGUUGGAACAGAAUGUUAAUGGUGAUGGCUUAGUACAAAUAAACUUGGAAAUCAUAAGGAAAAAGGAUCAAACUCCUUAUAUUAAUAUAAUCGAUGUACUUAAGCCGCUGGAUGAGAUGCUAGAUUUAUCAGUAGAUCAAACGAUUCCCGACCACAUUCUCAAUAGUAUAAUUUCACCCGACGACCCAUGUUACCCUCCUUUGUCGCGGAGUAACGAAAUUAUCUUAGAUGGAUCUCAAACCCUCAACAACAAACAGCUCAAUUCCCUCAUAACAUACGCUCUGCAAAACGAACUCAUAGCCGAUAAACAGGCCGCUCUCCUUAGUCAAAUGGCGAAAAACUCCAAUAACAAUACUACGAUUAUGAAAUGGACCAGAUCAGACGGGUUUAAGCUGGAGGCCCAGAAAUUCGGCAUACCUGAUGAUAUAACUACUUGGAAUAAAGCUCACGUUCAGCGCUGGGUCCUGUGGGCCAAACGAGAGUUUAACCUAGCUGCCCCGGGUUGCCAAUUUCAAGCCCAAAACUUUAAAUCACUACACGGAACGGAACUUUUAGCCUUAAAUCAUGUCGAUUUUUUAAGAAAAUGUACUGGAGACGGAAACAUUACCCAAAGUUCAGACAAAACCUUGGACGUAUUGUGGACUCACUUAGAACUCAUGAGGAAAUGUGGAAUAGUAGCUACGCUCUACAACGAGAAAGACGAAUCGAAACCGAAAGAUAAUAAACUCGGAGCAGGCAAUUACUUUUUGGAAAAUUUUAACGCCAAAAAUUUCAACGGAAAGAUAGUAGGAGAAAAGGAGGAAAAGGUGAAAAUAACGAUAGGCCCAGGAAAGAAUAACGGUUUGAGUAAUAUGAUAGGUUCUAAAGUGCCUCCCGGUGGUUCUUGUGCUAACCAUUUUGCAAAAUACGGUAAGUAUGAAAAAAUGACAAACUCGUUUCAAAAAUUAAAAACCAACAGGGUUAUGCAUACCAAUGUCACUUAUGCUCCAUUCAGAAACGGCAACGUGGGAAUUCAACUUUGGCAAUUUCUUUUGGAACUCCUGAUUGACAAAGAUUAUCGUGAAAUAAUCAGAUGGGUCAGUGACGACGGCGAAUUUAUACUCAGCAAUCCUGAAGUGGUUGCCAAUUUGUGGGGUCAGCGCAAGAACCGGCCUAAUAUGAAUUACGAGAAAUUGAGUCGGGCUCUUAGGUAUUAUUAUGAUGGUCAUGUCCUCACCAAGGUUCACGGUAAACGUUUCGUUUACAAGUUUGUGUGCGACAUGAAAUCGCUCAUAGGUUAUAGCGCCGCCGAACUGAAUCAACUCGUUAUUGAAUGCGAGAAGGAAAAACUGCAAAAGCAGAUGGAGCAGACCCUUACCUCGGAUUUCGAUUACGGCGAGAAAUGAAAUAGCAUAAAUCUUUAUAGAAAUAUCACUUCCUCUCUCUCUAUUUAUCCAACUAAUCUUUUUUUUUAAAUCAUCUUUUCGUUUCCUUUAUUGUGGUAAAGGAAUUGGGUUUUUAAAUCCCAUACUUUUAUACAAAAGUCAUUAAACGCGAAAUUUGUUUAUAUAAGUAUUUUUUAAAGGACCUUUAGUUUUAUUCGUUAUUUAACCCCCUCCCCCAACACUUAUUAAAAAAACAUAUUCAGGUAUCGUUACAAAACAAUAAAAAAACAUAAAUUACAUUUAUUCUCUCGUAAACUUUAUGGAAUUAGAAAUUAUUUAGCUCUAAAUUUUUUUUAAAUGUAAUUUUGUACAUCUUAAACAGUAUUUAGGUAAUUAUAUUUGAUUGGAUUAUGCACUCAUCAUUAUUAUAUUAAAAUUUGUAUGUUGAAAAUAAAAUAUAUUUAAAUCUAAUAUAAAUUGAUUAACAAAAUUUUUUUUAAUCAACAUUUUUAUAUAUAUCAAUAUAAUUUUGUAAUUUAUGAAGUAUAUUAUAAAUCGUAACCUUUAAUAUCAUUCAAUAAUUCUUCCCAUUUCCCCAUUAAUCGUUAUAUGUGUUGAUUUGCUUUACUUAAACAUCUAUCCCUGUAUUAAUAAUAAUCAAGCACACGUUUAUAUCCCUAUUUAUGGGGCUCUUUUUUUAGUCUACUAUAUUUUACAUGUCGGUGUCUUUAUUAUAUUAUUGACUCGUUGGUAGACGCCAACUGGGUUUCUUGUUUAUAAAUUAAAUCUCUUUAAAAAAUAUUCUUAAACAAAAAUAUUAAGUAUUCUUGUAAAAUCUUCUUAUAAUUAUUUAAUAUAUAUAUGACAUUUAAAAAUACAUUUUAUAUAAUAAUAACACAACCAUCAAGUUGUGAAUUACCUUUUUAAGUAAUAACUAUUUUAUCUUAUGUUAAAAAAAUAUUCAUAUUAUUUAAUAUAUUA